CAGGAACGCGAAAACAAUGUCUACAUGGCCAAGCUCGCUGAGCAAGCCGAGCGUUACGAUGAAAUGGUCCAGUACACCAAGGAUGUUUCCAAGAUGGGCGUUGAGCUGACUGUUGAAGAGCGUAACUUAUUGUCUGUUGCCUACAAGAAUGUCAUUGGUGCCCGCCGUGCUUCCUGGAGAAUCGUUUCCUCUAUCGAGCAGAAGGAGGAGUCCAAGGGUAACUCUGCCCAGGUUGAGAAGAUCAAGGCUUAUCGCCAGAAGAUUGAGGCCGAGCUCCAGGAUGUGUGCAAUGAUAUCCUUAACGUCUUGACUGAUAACCUCAUCCCCAAUGCUCAGGGUGGUGAGUCCAAGGUGUUCUACUACAAGAUGAAGGGUGACUACCACCGUUAUCUUGCUGAGUUCUUGACAAGUGAUGCUCGUAAAGAGUCUGCUACUCAGGCUCACGAGGCUUACAAGAGUGCUACUGAUGUUGCUCAAACUGAACUCGCACCUACCCAUCCUAUUCGUCUUGGUCUUGCCUUGAACUUCUCUGUAUUCUACUACGAGAUCCUCAACUCCCCCGACCGUGCUUGCCACUUGGCCAAGCAGGCAUUCGAUGAUGCCAUUGCUGAACUCGAUACUCUUUCUGAAGAAUCCUACAAGGACUCUACUCUUAUUAUGCAGCUCUUGAGAGACAACCUUACUCUGUGGACCUCAGACUUGCAGGAGGGUGCGUACAUUAUAAAUAAUUAA